AUGGAAUUCAUCCCUCAGCUCUACCUCUUCUUCCUCUGCAUUCCCGCAAUUCUCCUCUGCAUCAUCAUUGCCUCAAUAAUCCUCAAAAAAUACCUCAAAUUCGGAUCAUUCUUCAAAAUCUUCAUCGUCUCCGGUAUUCUAGACAUUCUGCACGGUGCCAUGUAUUUAUGGUGGCAUUGGGUGCGCUUUUGCUAUCCCAGUGAGCUCUACAUUUUAACCGCGCAUUUUUGCACAUUUUUUGAUCUACUCCUAUGCAUUGUUCAUCUAGUUUAUAACUUUUUAAUGGGCUUGAAUCGAUUUAGCGCAACUUUUGUGAGCUAUUCAACUUUCUGGACUUCAAAGUUGGUGACAUUCUACCUAGCUAUCGUAUUUCUUAUUUCAACUAUUUCAAGUUACCCUAUCUUCAAGGAAGAUAAAGAUAUCAUUUUGGAAAACGGGACUUUUAUAAUUCUAGAAAAACCCGGAUUAAUUCUACAGCGUAUGAUAGUUGCUGGAUAUGCGCUGAUCUUUGAAACCCUUUCAGUUGUCCUAAGUAUCCUCACAAUUUAUCGAUUGAAAAACUUCAAAACAACUCAGGAGAAGAAAUUGAUUAUUGUGACGUCAUCACACACUUUCAUCGCCCUGCUUUUCAUAUUAUACGAAGCGUCGAUGGUUCUCAAGUUCACUGAUCCUCUCUCGAUAUUUCUGCAUAACUAUUUGACGGCUGUGGGAUUUACAGUGCUAUGUUUCAAUUUUUAUACGAUUCUUGUGGCUGAUUCGAGAAUCAGGAAGGAUUUUGUGGGCGUUUUGAUGUUUUGGAAGAGGAGUCGCGGUGAGAAGAUCAGUGCUGUGAAUUCGAAAAAUCGACAUUGAAGGAGGUAUGUGUGAUCUUCCGCUUGUUAUGACGUGGAAUCUGGCGGAGGCUUGCGGUCUACACUCGCUCCGCUCGAAAAACGGGGAUUUUUAUGACGUGGAUAACCUUGGUACAGCGUGAGAAACAUACCUUCUAUAUAUUUUUUUUCAAAAUAUCACACAAAAAAAUUUAAUUGUGGGAACAUUCAUACAUCUAUUAUUUCAGAGUUCGAGAUAUUUUCCAGUUUCCACCUCACAAAAUGUUCGAAAUCUACAUCUACUUCCUCUACACUCCCGCAUUCUUAUCAAACAUCCUAAUAGCCUCAAUAAUCCGCCAAAAAUACCUCAAAUCCGGCUCAUUCUACCAGAUCUUCUUGGUCUCCGGAGCACUGGAUAUUCUGCACUUGGCUCUUUAUUUUUGGCUUCAUUGGGUGAAGGAUGUCUAUACCGAUCAGCUCUACAUUGAUACUGCGCAUUUUUGCACAUUUUGGGAUAUGUAUUUGAGCAUUUUGCAUAUUUUUUGCAAUUUUUUGAUGGCUCUUAAUCGAUUUAGCGCAACUUUUAUGAAUUUUGGGAAGGUGAGUGGCAUUUUGAGUUAGAACUGCUUGAAAAUACUGACAAUAUAUCUAACCGCGACGCACACGCCUCGCAUCCCAAUCUCAUCGGUACCGCGCGCUCCACCGAAAUAAACACGCAACGCAGACCGCGUCGCGCCACAACACACACACAAAUUUUCAAAUUCCCUCCGUUUUUUGUGUGUGUGUUGUGGCGCGGCGCGGUCUGCGUUGCGUGUAUAUUUCGGUGGAGCGCGUGGUACCGAUGAGAUUUCCGAUAAUACACCACUUUUCUUGCAGUUCUGGACCUCUAAACUCAUCAAAAUCUACCUAACCACAAUAUUUAUCAUCUCUACAAUCUCUUCCUACCCAAUUUUUGUUGAAGAUAAAGAAAUCACAAUCACAGAUGGAGUUAUUAAAAUUAUUGAGAAACAUGGAUUAAUAAUCCAGCGUAUAAUAGUUGGAGGAUACGCGAUUGUAUUCGAAGCCAUUUCAGUUAUCCUAACUAUCAUCACAAUUUAUCGCAUCAGACAUUUUGCGACUUCUCACGAAAAGAAAUUGAUUAUUGUUACAACUACUCAUAGCAUCAUCGCUUUUAUUUUCAUAUUACACGAAGCUUCGACAGUGUUGAAGUUUACUGAUCCAGUUUCUCAAUUUCUUUAUCACAAUCUGACAAAUGUUGCGUUCACAGUGUUAUGCUUCAAUUUUUUCACGAUUCUUGUUGCUGAUUCGAGAAUACGGCUGGAUUUUUGUGCGAUUUUGGGAUUUUGGAAAAAGCGGGGAAAUGGAACAAUCAGUAAUGUUAAUUCUAAUACUCUUAAUUAA